AUGGCUCAGAACACCCGUGCUUUCUUCGACGUCCAGUACGCCCCUGUGGGCUCUAGCACCCCCAAGACUGGCCGCAUCGUCUUCAACCUCUUCGACAGCGUUGUCCCCAAGACCGCUGCCAACUUCCGUGAUCUCUGCAAGGCUGCCCCCGGCCAGGGUUACAAGGGCUCUGGCUUCCACCGUAUCAUCCCCCAGUUCAUGCUUCAGGGCGGUGACUUCACCCGCGGCAACGGUACCGGUGGCCGCUCCAUCUACGGUGAGAAGUUCGCCGACGAAAACUUCCAGCUCAAGCACGACAAGCCUGGUCUCCUCUCCAUGGCCAACGCUGGUCCUAACACCAACGGCUCUCAGUUUUUCAUCACCACCGUUGUGACCUCUUGGUUGGACGGCAAGCACGUUGUCUUCGGUGAGGUCGCUGACAGUGACUCCUACAAGGUCGUCAAGGAGAUUGAGGCUCUUGGCAGCAGCACCGGCUCUGUCCGCUCUGCUGUCAAGCCCACCAUUGUCGACUCUGGUUCGCUCUAA